AUGACGUAUAUCAUCGCUGUAAAAUUCUUUAGUAACAUGGGCAAUUCUGAAGGGUUUGUUAAGGAAGUCGUCAUCCAGAUGGAUGGGCCUUCUACACAACCAUUAUUGCUCCCGGAGGAAAUUGAGAAAGAGAACCAAAGGCUCCAAGGACACAGUGCUUGUGCCCCUUGCUCUGUGUGUCCAGAUGCUGCUCAGAGCAGAAGUGCAGGUGUUGGGGGCAGCACAAAUGACCUCACAGGAGAUUCCACUUCCAAGAACACACAGAGUCACACAGAGCAAAAUAUUGAAGAAAAAAUUCCCCAGUUCCCAUUUACAGACUCUAAACCAUAUACCUCAAACGGCAGUGACUUGUUUAGUUGCUGUGGAAUAGCAAUUGCCAUUGAAUAUUUUUGGAAGAUUGGACACAGAAAUAUCACUGUGUUUGUGCCUCAGUGGAGAACAAGGCGCAAUCCUGAUGUCACAGAACAGCACUUCUUGACCCAGCUCCAGGAGCUUCGAAUGUCACCUUUUACUCUGUCCAGGACGGUCUUUGGAGAACGAAUUUCUUCUCAGGUUGACAGGUUCAUACUACAUUUAGCAGACCAGACUGGGGGUGUCAUUGUAAGCAGUGAUAAUUUCAGAGAGUUUGUGAAUGAGUCAGUGUCGUGGAAAGAAAUUAUUGCCAAAAGGUUACUUCAAUACAUUUUCGUGGGGGACAUAUUUAUGGUUCCCAAUGACCCUCUGGCAAGAAAGGGGCCUCGGCUAGAAGAACUCCUUGGAAAGGAGGCCUUUGUUAGAGACAUGCCGCCUCUACUCAGUGCCCUGCCAAAUGUGGACUGGUUUUCCCGGAGCCGUAACACCCAAGCAGCUACCACCAGGCACCAGCCUCCAUAUGGGAACCUGGGAGCCUCUUCAGGCCCUUGGCUUCCUCAGCAGCGCCACUUCUCAUCCCUGACUAGCAUUCUGGGUAGAGAGAAAAAAUAUCUCAUGCCAGCACAGAGAUAUUCUGCUGAGACCAGCGAGCUGAGGGAGGCCCUGCUGAAGAUCUUCCCUGAUUCUGAGCAAAAACAGAAGAUCGAUGAGAUCAUGGUAGCUCAGCCAAUUCUGAAUGAACGUGAAUGUUCUUUCAGGCGUGAUGUUGGACCUAAGUCUGGACAUCAUACUGAAUCCCUAGUUAUGGGGGUUCAGAGAUUUAGAGAGAUGCUGAAAAAACCAUACAAGCUGGAAUUAAAAAAUGAACCCGGCAGAGAAGAUUUAAAACAUAUUGUUAUAGAUGGAUGUAAUGUCGCAUUUUCCCAUGGUCUGAAAAAGUUUUUUAGUUGCCGUGGAAUAGCAAUUGCCGUUGAAUAUUUUUGGAAGCUUGGACACAGAAAUAUCACUGUGUUUGUGCCUCAGUGGAGAACAAGGUGCAAUCCUAAUGUCACAGAACAGCACUUCUUGACCCAGCUCCAGGAGCUUGGAAUACUAGCAUUAACUCCUUCCAGGAUGGUGUUUGGAGAACGAAUUGCCUCUCAUGUUGACAGGUUCCUACUACACUUAGCAGACCAGACUGGGGGUGUCAUUGUAAGCAAUGAUAACUUCAGAGAGUUUGUGAAUGAGUCAGUGUCCUGGAGAGAAAUUAUUUCCAAAAGAUUGCUUCAGCACAGGUUCGUGGGGGACAUAUUUAUGGUUUCCGACAACCCUCUGGGAAGAAAGGGGCCUCGGCUAGAAGAAUUCCUUGGAAAGGACGGCUUUGUUAGAGACAUGCAGCCUCUACUCAGUGCCCUGCCAAAUGUGGACUGGUUUUCCCGGAGUCAUAACACUCAUGUAGCCUACACCAGGCACCAGCCUCCAUGUGGGAACCUGGGAGCCUCUUCAGGCCCUUGGCUUCCUCAGCAGCGCCACUUCUCAUACCUGGCCAGCAUUCCGGGUAGAGAGAAAAAAUUUCUCAUGCCAGCACAGAGAUAUUCUGCUGAGACCAGCGAGCUGAGGGAGGCCCUGCUGAAGAUCUUCCCUGAUUCUGAGCAAAAACAGAAGAUCGAUGAGAUCAUGGUAGCUCAGCCAAUUCUGAAUGAACGUGAAUGUUCUUUCAGGCAUGAUGUUGGACCUAAGUCUGGACAUCAUACUGAAUCCCUAGUUACGGGGGUUCAGAGAUUUAGAGAGAUGCUGAAAAAACCAUACAAGCUGGAAUUAAAAAAUGAACCCGGCAGAGAAGAUUUGAAACACAUUGUUAUAGAUGGGUGUAAUGUCGCAUUUUCCCAUGGUCUGAAAAAGUUCCAACUACACUUAGCAGACCAGACUGGGGGUGUCAUUGUAAGCAAUGAUAACUUCAGAGAGUUUGUGAAUGAAUCAAUGUCCUGGAGAGAAAUUAUUGUCAAAAGGUUACUUCAAUACACUUUCGUGGGGGACAUAUUUAUGGUUCCCGAUGACCCUCUGGGAAGAAAGGGGCCUCGGCUAGAAGAAUUCCUUGGAAAGGAGGGCUUUGUUAGAGACAUGCAGCCUCUACUCAGUGCCCUGCCAAAUGUGGACUGGUUUUCCCGGAGCCGUAACACCCAAGCAGCUAACACCAGGCACCAGCUUCCAUAUGGGAACCUGGGAGCCUCUUCAGGCCCUUGGCUUCCUCAGCAGCGCCACUUCUCAUCCCUGGCCAGCAUUCCGGGUAUACAGGAGAAUGGUCUCAUGCCAGCACAGAGAUAUUCUGCUGAGACCACUGAGCUGAGGGAGGCCCCACUGAAGAUCUUCCCUGAUUCUGAGCAAAAACAGAAGAUCGAUGAGAUCAUGGUAGCUCAGCCAAUUCUGAAUGAACGUGAACGUUCUUUCAGGUCUAAUGUUGGGCCUAAGUCUGGGCAUCAAACUGAAUCCCUAGUUACGGGGGUUCAGAGAUUUAGAGAGAUGCUGAAAAAACCAUACAAGCUGGAAUUAAAAAAUGAACCCGGCAGAAAAGAUUUGAAACAUAUUGUUAUAGACGGAUGUAAUGUCGCAUUUUCCCAUGGUCUGAAAAAGUUCCUACUACACUUAGCAGACCAGACUGGGGGUGUCGUUGUAAGCAAUGAUAACUUCAGAGAGUUUGUGAAUGAGUCAGUGUCCUGGAGAGAAAUUUUUGCCAAAAGAUCGCUACAGUACACGUUCGUGGGGGACAUAUUUAUGGUUCCCGAUGACCCUCUGGGAAGAAAGGGGCCUCGGCUAGAAGAAUUCCUUGGAAAGGAGGGCUUUGUUAGAGACAUGCAGCCUCUACUCAGUGCCCUGCCAAAUGUGGACUGGUUUUCCCGGAGCCGUAACACCCAAGCAGCUAACACCAGGCACCAGCCUCCAUAUGGGAACCUGGGAGCCUCUUCAGGCCCUUGGCUUCCUCAGCAGCGCCACUUCUCAUCCCUGGCCAGCAUUCCAGGUAUACAGGAGAAUGGUCUCAUGCCAGCACAGAGAUAUUCUGCUGAGACCAGAGAGCUGAGGGAGGCCCCGCUGAAGACCUUCCAUGAUUCUGAGCAAAAACAGAAGAUUGACAAGAUCAUGGUAGCUCAGCCAGUUCUGAAGGACCUAAACGUCCUUUCAGGCGUCGUGUUGGACCUAAGUCUGGGCUGA